UGGAUGAAAGCUACCCUUGUGGGGCCGAGGGAUUUUGUGAAGACGAUGGAGAUUGAGGUCGUGGUGGUUGACAUAUCUGAUGAUUUUGUUGUUGCAGCAUAUAAUUGGCAGAACAAUUGUAUGCUGCAACAACAACAAAAACAUCAAGAAGAACGAAUUGCUCAAAUUGAGCAAGAACAACAUAACACUCGACGACGGCAGCGGCGACAACGCCACCAGUGA